UUGGCAAUCGAAGAUAGCUAGAGAGAAAUUAAGAAGAAGAGAGAGAGAGAUAGAAUGGGAGAAAACAGUGGUGAGACUACUGAGAAUAGUAAUAGUAUAGUUAGGGCUUUUGAAGGAGCUGCUAUUGCUAUUGCUGAUGAAGUUGAAAAUGAUGUUUUUGACGUUGAUGAUGAUGAUGAUAAUGAUAAUGAUGAUGAUGAUAAUGAUGAGAAGAAGAAGAAGAAGAUUCUGAUGAUGAAGAGGAUGAUUUCCGAACAUCCUUUGUUUCACCUCUUGAUUGACACUCAUUUCAACUGUUUGAAGGUGGGAUUGGGUGAAAUUGAUCGAGAAACUGCUGUCACAACAGCUUAUAAUAACAACAGCUGCCAAGCCACUUCCAAAAUUACUCCUAAUUCUCCGGAGCUUGAUAAGUUUAUGGAAGCAUAUUGUAUGGCGUUGAGGAAGCUUAAAGAGGCGAUGGAGGAACCUCUGAAGGACGCAACAUCCUUCAUCUCCACCAUCUAUUCUCAACUUAAUGAUCUCUCUCUCCCAGAAAAUCAGAAAAAAUAACAAACUUUGAUUUUCACUACCCACAAAAAAUUAAGAUCAAUAACAUAUUAUAUAUAUAUAUUACAAUAUAUAUAUACACUACUACUACUACUACUGGCUAAUUAAUUAAUUAGUUAGUUAUUAUUAGAAUAAUAUUAGCACUUUAUUUUGUUUAUGGAGAAGAUGAU